AAUAGCGAAUCACGUGUGAGAAGUGCCGCCCUGCCCGACAGACCCGGGUCAUCACGUGACAGGGGAGGAUGGGGCUGUGCGGGCGGGGCUGGAGGUGCCUUGGGGUCCUUCGGCUGCCGUGCGUGGCUACCGGAUCGGGCCCCCGCCUGCUCCGUGUCUGGGCCCCAGCCGCUGGGGAGCCCCUGGCCCGGGGGGGCCCGUCCUGCGGCCGGUGCCCUCGGACCGGGGCCCCGCACAGCCAAUGGGCCCCCCGCGGGCCGGGCAGCGCCCCCCGCCGCCAGGCCUGGCCUGGGCUCCAGCAGGCGCGAGGGGUGGCGCGCCCCAACCCUUUCCCGCGGGGCCAGGAGCAGGAGUGGAGACGCAGGAACAGGACCGUCCUGACCUACAUCGCCGCCGCGGCCGUGGGCAUGGUGGGCAUGUCCUACGCGGCCGUGCCGCUCUACCGCCUCUACUGCCAGGCUACUGGACUAGGUGGGUCAGCAGUAGCAGGCCAUAAUUCAGACCAGAUUGAGGAUAUGGAACCUGUUAAAGAUCGCAUCAUUAAGGUCACUUUCAAUGCUGAUGUGCAUGCAAGUCUACACUGGAAUUUUAGACCUCAGCAAACAGAAAUAUACGUUGUACCAGGAGAGACUGCACUGGCAUUUUACAAAGCAAAGAAUUCUACAGACAAACCAGUAAUUGGAAUCUCUACAUAUAACGUGGUUCCAUUUGAAGCAGGACAGUAUUUCAAUAAAAUACAAUGCUUUUGUUUUGAAGAACAGCGGCUUAAUCCCCAAGAGGAAGUGGACAUGCCUGUAUUUUUCUUCAUAGAUCCUGAAUUUGCUGAAGACCCAAGAAUGGCCAGUGUUGAUCUGAUCACUCUUUCUUACACUUUUUUUGAAGCAAAAGAAGGACACAAAUUGCCACUCCCAGGUUAUCAAUAAUAUACUAUCUAUACAACAACUGAGUAGUUUCUUUGAUACCUGGCAGCCAAAUGAUGUCAGCUUUGUAAAACACAUUUUUCGAAAGACACAAGGAGGAUAUGAAACACCACAUGGAACUACUGUACAAUAUGAAUUUGUAUUUUAAAUUAUUAAACCAUGGCAGAUAUGCUCUUAAAGUGUGAUUUUAUUCUACUUUCCAUACAAGGACCAGUGAUGUCGGAACACAUAGGAAAAGGGAAAUCUUCAAAACAAUUAUCAGAUUUAGCUUUACAUUCAAUUGAUAGGAACAGAUUUGUCCAUAAAAUUUGAUCUAUGGAGUUAAUAAUCUCCUCUGUUGAUGGAAACCAAAUAAGAAAACUGUUAAUACCUGAAAAUGAUUAAGAGCUUACGGUACUUCAGAAGAAAGACAACUUUCAUUGAUCCUGUAUUGUAGGUGAAAAGGAAUACCCCUUACCAGCAAAUAUUCUACCUAAUCUUGAGACCUCAUGAGAGGAAACAAAAUCAGUCUGGGUCACUAAAGAAUACUUAUGUGGUACAGGAAAAGUUGAUGAUUCAUUAGGACUCUCCCUUUUAAGAUUGUACUGAAUUAAUAGUCUGACAUAGACCAGUGGUCACUGCUGCUAGAAGUACUGUGUGUUGGAUGUCAUGCACAACAGGUCCUGACUACUUGUGUUUUUUUGUUUUUUUUGUUUUUUUUGGAAAAAUAAACACUAAACUUGAGCCAUUUGUUAGACAGGUAUUUCUAUUUUGGUGUUCAAUUUUGGUAAGCAGCAGUACAGUGUUGUGUACUGUUAAAGAGCUGCUGUUUCACCUCAGAUGUGACUGCAUUUUGGUGGUAGAUGAAAAUAAUUUCUACAUGAAUAUCUUAUAGGAGAAUUAGGCUGAUUUGUGAAGUACUUAGAUAUCUUUGAAUGAAAGAUGGUAUAGAAGCUCUUACUGGGUUAUUUUUUAUUGUGACAUUAUGGCAGUUUUGAACCAGAGCUUAAUGUUUUGCAUUGCUGGUUUCUACCUAAGCCCCAAAGAAAGUAGCAAAAGUGUUUACAGAAGACUCUCAAGCUACAUCACUUUCUUUAUCUAAAAAGCUGUCAGGAAGUACAAUAUUAUAUCAGAAUAGUUCUUCCCUACCUGCCCUUCUAUCUAGGUAUUAAUAUGGCUUUCCACAAUCAUUAAUGGAUUUUAUUCUCACAAGAGCCCUGUGACAUAGGCAGUUAUCCCCAUUUUAUGUAUGGGGGAACCGAGGCAAAGGGUGGAAGAAGUGAUAUGCCCAAGCUCACACACAAAUUGAACUUGGGUCUCAAAUCCUCCUCUCGUAUCCUUUUCCCCCUAGACCCUCCUUCCUACCCUCGCGUUAGUGCAUGGGCUGUGAUAAAAGUAAUACCAAAAGUAGUAGUUCAGAGUACAGACAUCACCAUGAGGGGCACAUUAGAAAUCAUGACAAAAUAUCUAAUUGCUAUCAUUUAGGUCUCUGCAAAUUACAUUUGUAUAUGAUUUAAGAACAGUGCUAUGCAGAGGAGCUCUUGUUGUUCCCCUGUCUCUAUUUUUUGUGCAUCUUUUACGUAUAUCCAAAUUAUUGGUUGUUUUUAAAAUACUUGUUUUAAAAGAGACUUCCAAAGAACAUUAUUGUACUGUAUAUUUACUGGCAUCCAGUGUAUCUUUUGUAAUAACACAAUGUGAAAUCUGAACUAGACUGAUUAAAAAUGAUAGUUUUAUGCUGAGUGUUA